GAUCGUCAUUUCGCGACACUCCAGUUCCAUCACCAACCUCAAUCUGCGCGUGCUACUGGCAUUGCGUAUCGUGUAGCGAACAUGGUCCGCGAGGAUAUAAUACAGUCGGCGGUGUCUUUCCUCCAGGACCCGUCCGUUGCCAGCGCGCCCCUUGAGAAGCGCAUCGCUUUCCUCCAAUCCAAGAACCUCACACAGGAAGAAGUCGAUGUCUCGCUCGCGCGUGCGGCCGAAGACCCCAGCUAUCCUUCAUCGCCUCCACCCCAGACAUCGGCAGUAGCCAGCAAUGCAUACAGACCACCACCGGCAGCCCCGUAUGGGAGCUAUCCUCCUCAACAAUACUGGCAACCGCCUCCGCCGCCUCCAGAACCGCCGAAACGCGACUGGCGCGACUACUUCAUCAUGGCGACGGUCAUGGGCGGUGUAGGAUACGGCCUCUACUUUACAGCGAAACGAUAUGUCUUGCCCCUGAUACAACCACCCACGCAGCCUCAGCUGGAGCAAGACAAGGCUUCAGUCGACGAAUCCUUCAAGCGCGCAUUCGAUCUCCUCGAGCAGCUCAACACCGACACAACCGCUCUCAAGGCAUCGGAAGAGGCACGGACAACAAGACUGGAUGACGCGCUCGGCGAAGUGGAGAGUGUCUUGGCGAGUCUCAAGGAGUCGUCGAAGAGACAGGGAGACGACAACAGACGUAUCGAGGAUGACGUUCGCGGCUUGAGGGACCUGAUCCCAAAGGCAUUGGACUCUCAGAAGGAGUCAACCGACAAGAGGCUGCAGGAGCUGUCUACUGAGCUGAAGAGCCUGAAGACAUUGAUCGGGAACAGGAUGAGCUCUCCCGCACCACCACGCCCACAGAGCACCUCGGGCUACUACGGACAAGCGCAAUCGCAGACACCCAACACCAACGGCACACCCGCUGCUUCGGCAUCUACACCACAGCCGUCGUCCACUCCUGCGCCCAGUGAGCAGACCAACGGCACGAGCGCUACCGAGACCCAGACAAAUGGUAGCGCAACAUCCGCGCCUACUCCCAGCCCAGCCACCGAGAAGCCUCUCCCUGCGUACGGUAGGCCGUCGCCGGGACGCGCUGCCAUCCCGGCAUGGCAAAUGGCCGCCGCGAAGAAGACUGAGGAGGCCAAGAAGGACACUAGCGAGAGCGGAACUGCGGUCGAUGCCGGCGCCAGUGCGUAGAUUGAUCGUAGCUGUAUUACCUGAUGAACGUUGUGCAUCUUUGGCGUAGUCAAUUCUAUUAUGUAUUAUCUGGAUAGGGACAAUUUCAUGGUUACGGGUUAAAAAUGAUAUCAUCUGCGAACUACAAUUUAGCGUCUUGAAGAUGAUAUACGACGUGGGCUGCACAUGUAUUUUCAGGCAAUUCGCUACGUCUUCAAACCUAUGCCCGGUAACAAAGCGAAUACUCUCGGGUCUCGCCUUGACCCAGCGGAGUUUGGGGCAGCGCUGGAGAGUUGUGUCCCAUGACACUGUGGCUAUCAUCAAUAAUAAUAAAAACGGAUGCGUAUCUCAACUGCGA